GCCGUCAGCGGAACUAAGGCGGACCAGAAACGCAGCUUGUUUUCAGGGGGACUCAAAACAUCGUCGUACACGUGUCGUUUCACGGGUAGAAGCUUUAUCCUGAGGUGAUGUCUCCAGGUGUCUUGUUUGGGAUGUGUGAAGCAGAAAAGAAGGACCUGUAUGCUGUCCUGGGAGCCAGUCCCUCAGACUCAGUCCAGCAGCUCAGACACAGAUACCAGCAGCUGGCCUUACAGUACCACCCAGACCGUCUCAGAGGUGAGUGUUCUUCAGAGGCAGAAUCUGGUGUGAAGACGUUUCUAGAAGUUGACGCAGCCUGGAGGAUCCUCAGUGACCAGAACACCAGGAGACAGUAUGACCUGCAGAGGAGAGCACAGGAACUCAAACAGGACUGGCCAGUAGAUUCUACAGUCUGUUUGGAGGACAUGACCUGGGACCAGGAUGAGUGUGUAUUUACAUACUGUUGUCGCUGUGGAGGAGGAUUCAGCGUUUCAGAGGAAGAGGUGGAGGAGGAGACACAGCGGAGGCAGCAGGAUGAUGAAGAGGAGGGAACAGUGGAAGGACAGAACAGAGGAGUGGUAGUCUGCUGCGAUACAUGUUCCCUCAGUGUGUACGUCACAUGGUCAUUACAUAGAAAGACUCCAACCUCAAAAUGGCAACAAUAAUACUUGGAAACCUUUCACCUUUGAUACAAUGAAGCAAGUGUUUGUUCAACAUUUCCCUUCUUGGAAGCCAGCAGUAAAUCAACAGAACAUACUUUGGGUUGGCGGAAGCAGACAGUGCAAGAGUUGUGCUCUGUUGCUUAGAUAGAGCUCAGCAUCUCAGAUUUCAUGUUCAACAACUCCAUCACUUUUGUUUAGGAGCCCAUAAAGCAAGGCAACAAACUUCCAAUAAAACGGCUCAUUGUCUGACCCACUGAGAACAACUUACUGUGUAUGUAUGGGCCUGUUUGGAUGUUGUCUGGGGGUGACUGUUGCUUCCCUUUGUAAACAAUAGGUUAUCAGCAGCAAUAGCUAAGUGCUGGACAUUUGGCUUGGCACUAUGGCAGUAGACAGCAUGUUUUACUGCAGCUGUGCAGUCAAUGUAACAUUUAUUACUUUUUGUAUAUAUUCCAUUUAUGCUAAAAUUUCUUAUAAAGGAAAUUAUACUUUUUGUAAUAGUAAUACUAAUAAUGAAUAAUAAUGAAUGAGAACAAACAAUGGACAACAAUUUAAACAGGAACGGGAACAAGAAAUGCAAUUUCGGAGGAAAUAAAGGAGCAAAGUGCUAUAAAUGAGGAUGAAGUCAUAUCCAUCCUAACACGGUUAAAAUAGUUAAUAAAAAUAAGAAUCAAAAGCCUGUCCAGAACGGGCCUUAAAGGUUAUCAAUAAAAUAUUAAAAUCAAUUCUAAAAUGACCUGGAAGCCAAUGAAGAGCAGCUAAAAUAGGAGUAAUCUGGUGUCUUGGUUUUGGUAAGGAAUCUGGCUGCUGCAUUUUGGACAAACUGUAAUGUAUGUAAAUUUUGGUGGUUAAAACAUGUAUAGAGAGAGUUGCAGAAGUCCAAAUGAGGAAAAAAUAGCAAGUAUGACCAUCUCUAGGUUUCUACUGGAUAAAAUUGAACUGAUCUUGGAGAGUCUCCUGAGCUGAAGAAAACAAUGGACAGCAUUGUUAAAACAGAGUUAAUAUGCUUUUUCAAGCUCAGGUUGUUAUCAAAGGUGACACAAGAUUUUUACUGUUGCUAAGUUUUGGGAGAAAGAGCACAGCUGCCCUGAGCUAUUAACAUUAACUGUAUCAGGGCCUAUAGGAAUUACCUCAGUCUUACUGAUAUUUAGUUGCAUUUUAGGUCAAGAAUGCAGUCACGGAGUAUAUUGAUUUUGAUGAUAGUAAUUGGGGUUAAGAGAGAAAUACAAGUACAAUACAAACACCUGCAUAGGAUGCUUAUGCCUGCAGUUGACAUGCCCCAAGGAUAGCACGUAUGAAGAGAACAAGAGAGGUCCAAGGACAGAGCCCUGGGUUACCCCUCAGGUCUUCUUCAUUGGACUAAUGGCUACACUAAGAAUAACUAAUUUGAAGUGACAGUUACAGAGAGUGGAGACAGUGGUGACACCCUGAUGAGAGGGAGAGGAGAGAGAGA